AUGGCACCAUCAGGAAGAAAAUCCGCAGGGAAAACAACCAAACUAACACAGGAAGAUUCAGCUGUACAUGUCUAUAACUUUGAAGAUGACACCAAAAAACAUCUGAGUGGUUCUGAAGAGGACAUUAGAGAAGAUGAAACUCCAGUGAUUGAUAAACAUGGGAAGAAAAGAUCUUCAGUAACUCCUCAUGCAGGAGUUGAGGAUGAUGUUGGGGGAGAAGUACAGAAUAUGCUGGAACGAUUUGGAGCAGACAUUAACAAAGCUCUUCUGGCUAAAAGGAAAAGAUUAGAAAUGUAUACAAAGGCUUCUCUUAAAACAAGCAACCAGAAAAUAGAAUUUGUUUGGAAAACACAACAGGAACAAAGGCAAAAGGUUAACCAUGAGUAUUCUCAGCAGUUCCUGCAUGUAUUUCAACAAUGGGAUGCCGAUAUACAGAAAGCAGAGGAACAGGAAGAAAAGCUAGUGAAUGUAUUUCGACAACAACAGAAAGCUUUCCAGCAAGCAAGAAUAGUUCAGAGUCAGAGGCUGAAAACAAUUAAGCAGCUGUACGAGCAGUUUAUAAAGAGUAUGGAAGACAUGGAAAAGACACAUGAAAGUCUUUUAGCAGGGGCACAAAGUGAACUUCGCAAAGAAAUGUCUAUGUUGCAGAAGAAAAUCAUGAUGGACACACAACAGCAAGAGAUGGCAACUGUUCGCAAAUCUCUUCAGUCCAUGUUAUUCUGAUGGAUCAAUGGAGAAACAACUUGUACCUAAGUAACAUCAUACAAUUAUACACAUUAGCCAUCGUGGGGUGGG